CGCUAACUUCGCGGCGAUGGUAGCGUUUGUAGAAGGUAAAAAAGCUGCCACGUCACACAAAUUAAGAGAAACGACAGUCAAACGGAUGCGCGAGGCCUGUGUUUCUUGCUGUUCUUAGCACUGAAUGAUACGAAGCCUGUCUUAGACGGCGUCUGUUUUUGUGCAAAAUUGACAGCGAUGAAUAAUUGAAGAAGACACUUUGUCUACGCGACAAGAAUUUGGAUUCGCGUAUGUGAGGACACUCGAAAGUAAUUGGAAUUAUUAGAGUAGUACAGCUGUUCGUCACUCGAACGCAGGCAAAAAAAGUUAACAGAUGAACAUAUUUUUGAGACAAGGGAUCUAUAAUAUUGUGCCACUGAUAACAAGACGCAGAUCAACUGUGCAAACAGCCGGUAGCAGUUUAGAAGGACUGUGCAGACGCGACUAGAGAUGAUCAAUGUAACAACAAACCGUCCUCAUAAAUGUUAACAAUGGUCGGCAAUCUUUUCCUGCGACGGGUGGUAAAGUCAGCAGUUCUUGGUGCAUUCCGACCUGCCACUUUCAUUUUUGCUCGUAGCGCAUCGCAUUACCCCGUUCCAGAUGUUUGUUUUGGCCUUACAGAAGAACAGAAACAGCUUCGAGAAUCUUGUUUUCAGCUCUUUCAGAAAGAACUGGCUCCGUAUGCCGAUGAACUUGAUAAGAACAACAACUUCAAAAACCUCCGGGAUUUUUGGAAGAAAAUUGGUAACCAGGGUAUGAUUGGCGUGACUGUAAAAGGUGAAUAUGGGGGCUCCGAUCUUGGCUAUCUUGAUCAUGUUAUUAUUAUGGAAGAAAUGUCUCGCGUUUCGGGGGCCAUUGCCCUCAGUUACGGUGCCCAUUCGAAUCUUUGUGUAAACCAGAUCCACAGAAAUGGUAACGAAGACCAGAAAAGAAAGUAUUUGCCAAAGUUAUGCAGCGGGGAGUAUGUUGGGGCGUUAGCGAUGAGCGAGGCUGGCGCAGGAUCAGAUGUUGGUUCAAUGAAACUCACCGCGGUACGCAAAGGUGACGAGUAUAUUCUAAACGGAACGAAGUUUUGGGUUACAAAUGGGCCGAUCUGUGACGUUCUGUUUUUAUACGCGCGAACAGAUCCGAACGCAAAGAAACAGCAUCACGGCAUUAGCUGCUUCAUCGUCGAAAAGGGUACUCCUGGUUUCACCGUGGCCCAAGAACUGGACAAAUUCGGAAUGCGUGGUUCGCCUACAGGAGAAUUGGUAUUUGAGGACUGUCGAAUUCCGGCCGGAAACUUGGUGGGCAAGCUUAAUAAGGGCAUGUACGUACUCAUGAGCGGACUCGAUUUCGAGCGACUUAUUCUUGCUGCUGGACCUCUCGGCAUCAUGCAGGCGUGCUGUGACGUUGCUUUCGAGUACGUCCACCAACGCCAGCAGUUCGGUCAGCAAAUCGGCAAAUUUCAGAUGAUUCAGGCCAAGAUGGCUGACAUGUACACGACAACCAAUGCAUGCCGGAGUUACGUUUACUCGAUGGCACGCGCUGUCGAUCAGGGCCAUCUUGUUUCAAAAGAUUGUGCUGCAGUUAUACUUUACUGUGCCGAAAGGAGUACUCAAGUUGCUCUGGAUGCCCUUCAACUGCUCGGCGGAAAUGGUUACAUCAAUGAAUAUCCAACAGGCCGAUUCCUGCGAGAUGCCAAACUCUACGAAAUCGGGGCGGGUACGAGCGAAAUUCGUCGUUUAAUAAUCGGUCGGGCGCUUAAUGCCGAGUACGGCGUCACGUCUUAGCUAUCAUAGGGUAAUUUCUGCCUUCUGCUUUUCUGCCCUCUGAAACACUGCGAUUAUCCUUCGUGACAGUAUUCAACAUAGGUGCAUGACGGUGUGAUCCGUAGGGAUGUGUAGCCGUCUUUAUGGAACGUUACUGCAAGUUGAAAUUGAGUUUAAUUGGGCGAGACCGUAUAAAAUGUAUCGGUAAGGCCGUACUGUAAUCCAGAACUGUGUUCGUCUAAAUACACUAUGCUACAUUGUUGUAUUUAGUCGUCAAAAAAAUAUAUAUAUAUCAAUAUUGCAUAUUCAUGUAUUCGGUACUUCUGGAUUGUGUUUGGGUGCACAAGUAUUACGAAAGAACUUUUAUCUCUUUGGGUUCAUAAGAGAGUCUUUAAGAUUGUACUCGUACUACUCACAACGAUGUAUCAGCAUCUAAGGCUUGUUGCCAAAUCCUGAAACACACAACUGACUAAUAAAUAUGUUUUAUAUAUGAGCACGUA